GCACUCUAUCGGCCGACACAAUCACAAUUUUGUAUAUUAUUGAUCCGCAAAAUUUACUUCAGUGAAACGGCGCCACAGUAUCUUUUAUUCGUGUUAGAAGAAAAAGUGAAAAAUACUGACGCGGAGUGUUUUUUCACACACAAAAAAAAGAGUUUCAAAUUUAUCAAGCAAAGAACAACAGUGGAUUGGUUUUAGUGAAUUAGAAAAGAAAACAUCUAUCUCGGCACCAUGUCCGGAAACUAUGGAAUGGAAUCGUUGAUUCCAAUCGUAAAUAAACUACAAGAUGCAUUUACGACAAUGGGCGUACAUAUGCAAUUGGAUUUGCCACAGAUAGCUGUUGUGGGAGGACAAAGUGCUGGAAAAAGUUCGGUUUUGGAAAAUUUCGUCGGAAAAGAUUUCCUGCCUCGUGGUUCUGGUAUUGUUACAAGAAGGCCGUUAAUUCUACAGCUGAUCAAUGCGAAUGCAGAAUGGGGUGAAUUUCUGCACUGCAAGGGUAAGAAAUUCGUCGAUUUCAACGAAAUUCGUACCGAAAUCGAGUCAGAAACCGAUCGAAUGACUGGUAGUAACAAGGGAAUAUCCAACAUUCCCAUCAACUUGCGAGUGUAUUCACCGAACGUACUAAAUCUAACGUUGAUCGAUUUGCCCGGUUUGACCAAAGUGCCGAUUGGCGAUCAACCAGCCGACAUUGAGAAUCAAAUCAAAGCGAUGAUAUUCCAAUUUAUACGUAAGGACACAUGCUUGAUAUUGGCCGUUACACCGGCCAACACGGAUUUGGCCAAUUCUGAUGCACUCAAAUUGUCCAAAGAAGUCGAUCCGCAAGGUGUCCGAACGAUUGGUGUCAUCACCAAAUUGGAUUUGAUGGACGAGGGAACGGAUGCACGUGAUAUUUUGGAAAAUAAGCUGUUGCCAUUGCGCCGCGGUUACAUCGGUGUGGUAAAUCGAUCCCAGAAGGACAUUGACGGUCGCAAAGAUAUCCAUGCGGCGCUGAAGGCCGAACGCGAUUUCUUUUUGAGCCAUUCGUCGUACCGGCAUUUGGCUGAACGUUUAGGCACACCGUAUUUGCAGCGGGUCUUGAAUCAACAAUUGACCAAUCACAUUCGAGACACGUUGCCCGGCUUACGAGACAAAUUGCAGAAGCAAAUGCUGGCCCUGGAGAAAGAGGUGGAACAAUUCAAACACUUUCGUCCCGACGAUCCGAGCAUAAAGACAAAGGCCAUGUUACAAAUGAUCCAACAACUGCAAUCCGAUUUCGAACGAACCAUUGAGGGUUCCGGUUCAGCACUUGUUAAUACAAACGAACUGUCCGGCGGAGCAAAGAUUAAUCGAUUAUUCCAUGAGAGGUUGCGUUUCGAAAUUGUGAAAAUGUCGUGCGACGAAAAGGAUAUGCGUCGCGAAAUAUCAUUCGCCAUUCGUAACAUUCACGGUAUUCGAGUUGGUCUGUUCACUCCAGACAUGGCCUUCGAAGCAAUUGUUAAAAAACAGAUUGCCCAGCUGAAGGAACCGAUACUGAAAUGCAUUGACUUGGUCGUACAGGAGCUGUCGUCUGUUGUGCGAUUGUGCACCGAUAAGAUGUCCCGCUAUCCCAGAUUGCGCGAAGAAACUGAACGAAUUAUUACGACACAUAUCCGGCAACGGGAGCAACUUUCCAAAGAACAAAUUCUGUUGCUCAUUGACUUUGAAUUAGCCUACAUGAACACGAAUCACGAAGAUUUCAUCGGGUUCGCUAACGCUCAAAAUAAAUCCGAGAAUGCAAACAAAACCGGAACGCGUGCGUUGGGCAAUCAAGUCAUCCGGAAGGGACACAUGUGCAUACAAAAUUUGGGCAUCAUGAAAGGUGGAUCGCGACCGUAUUGGUUCGUCCUUACGUCGGAAAGUAUUUCUUGGUUCAAAGAAGAGGACGAAAAAGAGAAAAAGUAUAUGUUGCCAUUGGACGGACUUAAGUUGCGUGACAUUGAACAGGGCUUCAUGUCCCGUCGUCACACAUUCGCAUUGUUCAAUCCGGAAGGUCGGAACGUUUACAAAGAUUACAAACAAUUGGAAUUGUCGUGCGAGAAUGUCGACGAAGUGGAUUCGUGGAAAGCAUCGUUUCUGCGGGCUGGCGUUUAUCCGGAGAAGGAAUCAUUAGCCGAAAAUGAUGAGAGCGAAGGACAGCAGGACCAGAGCGAACAACAGACCAGUUCGUUAGAUCCACAGCUGGAGCGACAGGUAGAAACAAUUCGCAAUUUGGUCGAUUCGUACAUGCGAAUUGUGACGAAAACGACACGUGAUAUGGUUCCCAAAGCAAUAAUGAUGUUGAUCAUUAACAACGUCAAAGAUUUCAUAAACGGUGAACUGUUGGCACAUCUGUAUGCAACGGGUGAUCAGGCACAAAUGAUGGAAGAGAGUCCUGAAGCGACGGCGAAGCGAGAAGAUAUGCUUAGAAUGUACCAUGCUUGUAAAGAAUCCUUACGGAUUAUUGGUGAUGUUUCAAUGGCAACAGUCACUACGCCAGUACCACCACCAGUCAAAAAUGAUUGGUUAUCAAGUGGUGGCGAAAAUCCGAGACUAUCGCCACCAAGUCCUGGUGGUCCGAGAAAAGCUGCUCCUGUUCAACAGCAGGGUUCGUUAGGCAGUAUCAAUCGUGGCCCACCUCCACCACCAGCGACAUCCAGAGCUGCACCAGCAAUACCAAAUCGACCUGGAGGCGGCGGAGCACCACCUUUACCACAAGGUCGACCAGCUGGACAAGCACUUCCAGCUCCAUUAAUUCCAUCUCGAGCUGCCGGCGGACAACAGCCACAAAUUCCAGAUCAAAUGCGACAACAAAUUAACCAAGCUGUGGGCCAAGCGGUUACUAAUGCAGCCACAAAAGAAUUAUCAAACGUAUUCGCCAGAAAAUUCAACCGACCUGUAACUAACAACAUGCAAAAUGCACCACCAAAAUUACCCGAACGACCGUACUAUGGCAAUGGCAAUCGACAGCAAUAUUAAUUUUUAACACAAUUAAUGUACACACAUCAGUAAACCAUUUAUAUUUUGUACAAAUGAAAGGUAUAUAUAUUUCAUCUAUAGUUUCGAUAAUUUGUAUAGCCUUAUUAAGUAGCCUAAUUAGAGCUGUGAGGUUGUGAAACCUUGUAUUCGAUA